ACACGCUGAACUCAUGUGAUCAUCCCAAAAAACACCUCUUUGUUAGAGAUAAAUAACAGCAUAAAAGAGCAGGAUUUCCUGUACAAUUCUGGGCUAUCCUCACACAGUCAUCUGAUCGGUGCUGCUAACGUAGAGGCAUUUGGGUAAUGACGCCUCUCAGUAUGAAGCUUGCAUGGGUUCUCAUAGAAGAAUUAAUGCAGGAGAGGAAGCAGAAUAGGUAACCAAGGUGCUAAAGGGAAAGCUAAUAACAGAAUGUUCGCAGAUCUCCAUCCGCUACAGAAGUUUAAUAUGACCAGAGAGGCUCAGCGUGGAGUCCCACUAAAUCUCUUCGCUCUGGUUUUUGGCGCAGGGUUUCUCCUCCUGAUCGUUUGCCUAAUUUUCUGUUGCUAUUUUUUCAGGCUGAAGCAUCAGGAUCAGCACAGGAGACGCGGGUACACAAAGAUUACUUUAAAAGAAAAGGCCAAUAAAAAGAACUUGGUUGGACAAGUGUGUGCAGUUUGCCUUGAGGAAUUUAAAGUGAAGGAAGAACUUGGUGUCUGCCAGUGUAACCAUGCUUUUCACACCAAGUGUCUGAUGAAGUGGUUAGAAGUACGGAACUCCUGUCCUAUGUGUAACAAAAUUAUAUCCGGAACAAUACAGACGCCAUCUUUGGAACUUAUGUGAAGAUCUAAUGUUUCCUAUUCUUUGAUACAGACUGAGCAAUUCUACUUCAAUACAGCACUGUACCUAGUGGUUCUAUAAUGUGAAUUUAAGACGAGGUGGAUCACUUUUAAAAGGACAAAAGUGAUACAACAUAUACCAUACUAGACCUGAGCAAUAUUCGCUAAAAUGCAACAUUCGUGUUAAAGCUCUUCAAAAGAACUUAAAUAAUGGUGUGAAUAUUUAAUAGGAUGGUGCAUCUGUCUCUCGUUAAUUAGCUUUAUUUAUAAGGGAGGGAACGUUUAACUCGAACGGCACAUAGUGAUCUAUAACGUUGCAGCUCCAUUAAAGCCCCUACAUGGUUGGUUCCAGCAGCCCACAUAGAUGUCAAUCGAUGAGUGUUGAAUGCCAAAUCCAGAAAUAGAAUGGGAAGCAGGGAAGAAGGGAAUGUGAGUGUCUCGCUAUAGUAAAGUUGGCAGAGGGGAUGUGAAUUAAACUUCCAAUGAGGGUGAAGCUGACGAGUGUGUGAAAACCAGUGAAAGCUAAAGUUGGAUGAGAAGAAAACAGUUGAAAUGUACAAGCAAGUUAGGCAGAUGGAUCAUGUGCGUGAUGUUAUAGAACAUAACGUUAGGCUGCUAAAACCAGACAGUGAAGCAAAUGAUCACAGAAUUCUUGUAAUCGAUUGUAAAUCAGCCAAGUUGCUACGUAUACAAUGGUGAAUCAUGCACAAGGGGAACAUUAACACCAUGAAAGGCACGGCCAGGCUGUUCAUGGAGCAUAUGGAGUGAUAAGAUGGAUGGGGUAAAAUCCUUAUUCCGGAGAAGAGUGAUAGGAGAUAUAAUCACAAAGCUGUAGGAUUAUAUUUAAAAUGCAAUCCUGGGACAAUUUUAUGAAAAUAGAAUAAUCAGUUGGAAUAUUCAAUUGGUGUCCAUGGCAACUCUUCGACUUUUUGAACUUUGGUUCUGAAUUGCCCAAUGAGCAGCUUGAUUGACAUUUGUUGGUACCCUUGUGGGCAGUUGUAGCAGAAUAGCUUUUCAGAGUGUGGGAGUAGAUGGCAUGAGAAUGGGGCAGGUGGACUGGGCAUAUGGUCUUAACACUCAGAGUGAGUCAUAUGAAUGCUUUUUAAAGAACUUAUAUGUACCAUGUAUUCACUGCGAGCUCAGGUUAUAAGUCAAAACCUAUCAUCUGAGCCAGUGUAGCUGGGAGGAUGGGCACAACUAAUUGCAAAUUAGUCUGUUGUGUUGUUUCAAAGGUCCAUAGUAAUUUAUUAAUGCAUAUCUUUUUGUGAUUUCUCUCUCUUUAAAAUACAAUCAGAAUUAUUUACUAAAGUGUAAAUUGACAGGAAUUUGGAACAUAUUUUAAAUCUUCAGCUAAAAUACCUGAAUUAAAACACAACUUGUUUCAAGCAGUGUUUUCAGGCCACCUAUAUUGUCCUAGAUUUUGACUACUUGUUGAAUUUCCAACAAUUCAGAACUUAGAGAAGAUACGCAGGGUUAUUCAAUUAACUAUGAAUUUAAAAUAGAUUUAGAAAAAAUUGGAUAAAAUAGAGCUUUAGUAUAAAUUCUCAAAAUCGGCUAUAGACCCGUACCUUGGCUAAGUGGAGUACACUUUACAUAAUAUUUUUUUUUAUCUACUGUUUAGCAAUUCAGCUCCUAUGGGUUUAAAUUACUCUUAAAUUUGUGAAAUUAUUUUUCAUAAAAAUCUAUCAUUUUUAAGUGCUGCUUUUCCAUUGCAAAAGGUCACGAGCUGGGCCGACCAGUUGGACCAGUCCAUUGGUUGGAAGAUUUAAACUGUUCCUUCCUUAUUUUCGAUCAUUAACGGUACAAAGCAUUAUUUAAAGCAUGUGCAACCUUUUAUACAUUUUGUUUCUGUUUAAUAAAAUAAGAGCCUAAUUGAAGUCA